GUGAAUUUCCCGUAUGUGGAUUUUAGUUGUUGCGUGGAUAUUGGAAACGUGAAGAGUUGCUUGUUUCGUUUCUUUCUGGUUUGAGAAUCGGAAAAUCUUGUUGGUGCAGCUACUUACAAAUUAUGAAGAAAUCGAUGUUACGAAAGCGCACUGAUCGCCGAAAACAAAAGCAUGAGAUCAGGGAAAGUGCGGUAUUUGCUUCUGGUCACCCUACUGAAAUGGAUGAGGCGAGGCUGCAUAAGUCUGGUGUCAGGGGACGCAAGUCUAUAGUUCUCGCUGUGGGUUUUGGUUUUGUUGUUCUCGUGUCAAUUGCAAACUUGGUGGUAACAUCCGUAUUGGUUGAUGUGCUAAAGAUGACUCCUGAAGGUGUUCCAUCAUUGCACAUAGAUUCAGAUCACUUGCUUGUUUUUCGAGAACCAAUGGAGUUGAAGAAUCUGUAUGUCAACAAGUUUUUGGGUGGUUUUCAGAAUGAAAAUCUUUCUGUUGGAAGCAGAAAAGAGGUAAAGCUAAAGGUCGGAAUCUACAUGCAAUCACAAAGUGAAAUUGUAAUGAAACCAGAAGAAGUUGUUGUCAAUCCUAUUGGAUUAUUUCGAGUGACAACAAAGUCAAAUUCUGUGGUCUUUGAAGCGGGGCAGUCAGCAGUGACAAUUGCAGGCAUCAAGGGCAGCAAGGUCAUUGCAAGAAAUAUCAAUAGGACUGGCAUUCAAUGCACAAGAAUAUAUGGUAACGGUAAUGUCAAGCUGUUAUCCCCAAGUACCAUUGAUUUAAAUGCAGGAGGAGACUUUUUGUUACAAGCAAGGAAAGCAACAGUACUAACAUCAAAGUCAAAGGCUAUUAAUCUGGACACACGGCUGAAGAACACUGGUGCCGUUCACCUACUGGCGCAUAAGGGCAUCUACUUGAAUAUGACAAAUUCAAAUGUAUCUGGUGGAACCGACCGCACGGGACGUAUCUUAUGUGCCUGCUUAGCCAACAGCUCUUACGUUAAACUUUACUCAGUGCCUAGCACUGGUAAGAGAUGUCUGGCAUUAGCAAAUCCAUGCAACAAAUGA